AUGUCAGUCCGCACGCUGAGAAUCGGCCUUAUCCCAGGCGACGGUAUUGGCAAGGAAGUGAUCCCUGCCGGCCGCCGCGUCCUCGAAGCUCUUCCUAGCUACUUGAACCUGAAGUUUGACUUCGUGAACCUCAACGCCGGCUUCGAGGUGUUUCAGCGGACAGGAACCGCCUUACCUGAUGCUACGGUCGAUAUUCUCCGAAAUGAGUGCGAUGGCGCUCUCUUCGGUGCUGUCAGCUCCCCAACACAUUCAGUCAAGGGGUAUUCCUCGCCGAUUGUUGCCCUUCGCAAACGACUGGACCUUUACGCAAAUGUGCGUCCUGUCAAGACUGUCAUGAACACACCCAAACCUAUCGACAUGGUCAUUGUGCGCGAGAAUACUGAGGAUCUGUACGUCAAGCUGGAGAAAACUAUGGAUGGGCCUGAAGGCAAGGUUGCUGAGGCCAUCAAACGGAUAUCGGAUAAGGCUUCGUUCAGAAUUGCUUCUAUGGCUGGUGAAAUCGCUCUUCGUCGUGAGAAGCUCAGACUGUCCUCUGCCGCGAGUAUUCACAGCGAGCCACUGAUUACAAUUACUCACAAAUCCAAUGUCUUAUCUCAAACAGAUGGCUUAUUCCGCGAAGCGUCCAAGAGAGCCCUAGCAGAUCCAAAGUAUGCUUCUGUGAACGUGGAGGAGCAAAUUGUGGACUCUAUGGUGUACAAGCUCUUCCGACAGCCGGAACACUAUGAUGUUAUUGUUGCACCUAAUCUUUACGGAGACAUUCUCUCGGACGGCGCCGCAGCUCUGGUUGGAAGCCUUGGCCUGGUUCCUAGUGCAAACGUUGGUGAAGGGUUUGCCAUUGGAGAACCCUGCCAUGGCAGUGCGCCAGACAUUCAGGGGAAAGGAAUUGCUAACCCAAUUGCGACGUUGAGAAGUGCCGCCUUGAUGUUGGAGUUCCUACACGAACCUGCCGCUGCUGCCAAAAUUUAUGCUGCAGUCGACGCCAACUUGGAGCAUGGCAAGUUGCUCAGUCCUGAUCUGGGAGGCUUAUCAACCACAGACGAAGUUGUGGAAGACAUCCUCAACAGAUUGUAG